AUGAGCAACGCCCUGCAAUUCUACGGGCUACCUCAAGAGAAUCCAAACACGCAUAUUUCUAGAUUUCUCAGAAACUAUCAGAACUUUCAUGCUCCGAGAGUCAAUGAAGAUGCUAUUAAACUACAACUAUUCCCAUUUACAUUGAGAGAUGCUGCAUUGGAGUGGUUAGAUGCUGAGCCUCACGCUAGCAUUAAUACAUGGGAAGAACUAAUCAGGAAGUUCUGUAAUAAAUUUUUCCCACCGACGAGGUACUUCUACACUGGACUUACACCACUGUCAAAAUCUCAAGUCGAUGCCUCAGCUGGAGGAUCAAUUAUAGGAAAAUCUGUGCAGCAAACCAUGGAACUGUUUGAGUUGAUUGCCACUACACAUUCCAUGUGCUCAUCAGAAAGAGUGGCGCCACUGAAGACAGGAGGAAUGUAUGAGUUAGACAGCGCAGCAGCUACCAACGUCCAAAUAGUGGCAUUGACAAAACAAGUGGAGUUAUUGGUGAAAUCACAAACGAAAAGAGCACAUGCAAUGACAGCUAGUCCAUCAUGCGAGAACUGCGGGGCUAAUCAUCUGACAGAAAACUGCACAUCUAUAGGCUAUCCCGACGAGCAGGUCAAUUUCAUUCAGAAUGGGUCUCGAAAUUUUAACCCAUUUGCUCAAACAUACAACCCAGGAUGGAGACAACAUCCAAAUUUCAGAUGGUCGAAUAAUCAACAAGGGAACAGUUCAAAUAAUACCCAACAGGAGAAAAAACCAAGCUUGGGGGAGAUGUUCAACCAGUAUAUACAGAAGACUGACAAGGUGUUUCAGCAGAUUGACACUAAUUUUCAGAAUCAGCAAGCAUCAAUCAAGAAGUUGGAAACACAAAUUGGUCAGAUAGCUCAACAACUUGCAGAACGCUCACAAGGGACAUUGUCAAGCAAUACAAUGGUCAAUCCAAAAGAGCAAGUACAAGCUAUUACUACCAGGAGUGGGGUGCAACUUCCAGAAAUACAUGUGAAGAGACCUGAGCGAAAAGAAAUGGAAAUAAUGGGUGAAGAGGCUGGGAAAGAAGUAGAGUUUGAACAACCAACUGACAAGGAAAACGAAAGGAAGGAAACACCUGCAGAAAGAGCACCCAGCCCCGUGAAGGCUUAUGUGCAACCAAUUCCAUUCCCUCAAAGGUUACAAAGAAAGAAGUUGGAUAAUCAGUUUGCUAAGUUUGUGGAGAUUUUCAAGAAACUGCACAUCCAUAUUCCUUUUGCAGACGCAAUUGCCCAAAUGCUCAGCUAUGCAAAAUUCUUGAAAGAGAUCCUAUCUAACAAAAGGAAGCUGGAAGAACAUGAGACCGUAUGCUUGAAUGAGGAGUGCAGUGCAAUACUAUUGAGAAAGUUACCUCCUAAGCUAAAAGACCCAGGGAGUGCCAGUGUUAAUUUGAUGACUCUCUCUGUUUACAGGUCUCUUGGAUUAGGAGAAGCAAAACCUACAACAAUCUCUUUGCAACUGGCCGACAGAUCGAUCAAAUGA